AUGGGUUGUGUUUCAUCGAGAUCAAAGAAGAAUAAAGCAAAAGGUUCUGCAAGUGUACCUGCUGGUUUUACACAAUCUGCCGCUCAUAGGAGAGCGAAUAUCAAGAUGGUACAGAAUAUGCUUCUCAUCUGGUUGGACGCUAAUAUUAACGAUAACAACGCCGACAGUCAAAACACAAUUACACAGCUACGACAAGUGAUAAACACCAUCGAAGCUUUCGAUGAUGGUGAAAAUUGUAUCCAGUUUUUGGAAGAAAUUCGCGAUGAGAAAGCCUGUAUGAUCAUUUCCGGUUCACUGGGUAGACAUAUUGUACCUCGUGUGCACGAUAUGUCUCAAGUGGAUUCCAUUUUUAUUUUUUGCAGUAAUAAACGAUAUCAUGAACGAUGGGUUACGAAUUGGUCGAAGGUCAAGGGAGUGUUCACAGAUAUCAAUCUGAUAUGUGAUGCUCUCAAGCAAUCGGCUAAGGACUGUGAGCACAAUGCCAUCAGGUUUACCAUGAUGGAUACUGGAAAGGACAUAUCGAGAAGGAAUCUGGAUCAAUUAGAUCCAAUGUUCAUGUAUACACACAUCAUGAAGGAAAUACUCUUGGAGAUUGAAUUCGAAGACAAACACAUCCUGAACUUUACUAAGUAUUGUCAACAAACACUGGAACAAGACAAUAAGAAAGAAUUAGACAACGUCAAAUUGUUGGAACGUGAUUAUCAUAUAAAAACACCGAUUUGGUGGUAUACAUUGGAUUCAUUCUUGUAUGGCAUGCUCAAUCGAGCUUUGGCCCGAUCAGAAGUCGACGUAAUUAUUAAAAUGGGCUUUUUUAUUGGAGAUAUCCAUCGUCAUAUUACCGAACUACAUAAAAACCAAUUCGCUGGUGAAAAUGCUAAUGAAAAAUUCAUCGUGUAUCGUGGACAGGGAAUGUCCAAGGAAGAUUUAGAAAAUGUGUCGAAAAAUAAAGGUGGCUUAAUUUCGUUCAACAACUUUUUGUCUACAAGUAAGACAGAAAAGGUUGCAAUGGAUUUCCUCAAACGUGCUCUUUCCAUACAUGAUCGGGUAGGUGUUCUUUUUGUUAUCACCAUAGAUCCAGCACAAUCCACAACACCAUUUGCUUCUGUUGCUGAAGUAGGUUAUUUUAAAAAUGAAGAAGAUGAAAUUCUUUUUGCCAUGCACACUGUAUUUCGUAUUAAACGUAUCGGACAAGCAGAUAAAAAUCCACGUAUAUUUCGAGUCGAAUUGGAGCUGACGAAUGAUAAUGACAAAGAUCUUCAGGCGUUGACGGGAACCAUUCGUGAAGAAACUUAUCCAGAUGAAGCAGGUUGGCAACGAUUAGCUGAAGUGUUGGUAAUGAAAUUAGGCCAACCAGUGAAAGCGGAAGAAAUUUAUCAAAUUUUAAUGAAACAAGAAUCUAGAGACAACAAGAAAGGAUAUCUAUACAAUCGACUUGGUUUAUGUAAACUCAAGCAAGCAGAGUAUACAGAAGCAAUUCAAUUCUAUGAAAAAUCAAUUGAAACCUACGAAAUGUAUUCCCAGGAAGAUCAUCUGGGUAUUGCAUGGUCCUACAGUAACUUAGGUUUGGUGUAUUCCAACAUGAGUGAAUAUGAAAACGCACAUUCAUAUUAUGAAAAAGCACUUGUCAUUCGACAACAAUCGCUUCCUUUCAAUCAUCCUGAUUUGGCUUCCUCCUACAACAACAUCGGUAACGUAUGCUACAACAUGAGUGAAUAUGAAAAAGCUCAUUCUUAUUACGAGAAAGCACUUACAAUUCGACAAGGAUCACUUCCUUCUAAACAUCCUGAUUUGGCUACAUCCCACAACAACAUAGGUUUAGUGUAUCGCAGCAUGAAUGAAUAUGAAAAAGCACUUUUGUCUCACGAAAAAGCACUUGACAUACGAGAACAAUCACUUCCUCCCAAUCACCCUGAUGUGGCAAUAUCGCACAACAACAUUGGUUUAGUGUACCACGACAUGGGUGAAUAUGCAAAAGCACUUUUGUCUCACGAAAAAGCACUUGCCAUGCGACAACAAUCACUUCAUUCCAAUCACCCUGAUGUGGCAACAUCGUACAACAACAUCGGUUUAGUGUAUCACGACAUGGGUGAAUAUGCAAAAGCACUUUUGUCUCACGAAAAAGCUCUUGCGAUUAGACAACAAUCACUUCCUUCUACUCACCCUGAUGUAGCAACAUCGUACAACAACAUCGGUUUAGUUUAUGAGAACAUGAAAAAUUAUUCAAAAGCGCGUAUAUACUACGAAGAAACUGUAAAAAUCGAAGAAAAAUCACUAAUUUCGAGCCAUUGCAAUUUGCAAGACUAUAGAAAGAACCUUGAUAGAAUGAAAAGCAAAUUAUAA